AUGAACGAGAGACGGGAAAAAGCCUCCCAAACGGAAAACACAACAUUGGGCCACGUCGUUGUGGAUGAGUUUGCCUGGGACUUUAUGGCUGGCACCUUCGACUGGCAGUUGUACACAAUUUUUAUAGAGAUUGCAGCUCAAGCUCUUCUUAUUGCAAUCACUAUUGCCGUGGCCAGGAAAUGUCUGAUGCGAGGCCUCAGCCGAACUGCGGAGCACGCUUUUUAUUGCAUCCUGGGUUUUUUUCUAGCGGCUGGCGAGGCGCUCUUGAUUAAACACAGCUGGUUGCUGGUUCGCUUGAUUGGGUUGCCCACUCUGGAUCUGAUGCACAUCGCUUUGGGCCUGCUGGGGUUUUAUAGCGGAUGCAUUGGACUACUGCAAAAGAGUCGACGGUAUGGACACAAGCCGUGCAUUUGCAUUGCACACUCCCUGACCAAGCAUGGAUUCUGCGGACUGCUGGGUCUUUUCCUAACCGCAGGCUGUCUUUUAUCUGGGUUGGCCUUGCUCGGUAUGCGAAAUGUUUCCCUAAACUUGUCGCAUCGUUUGUUCGGGCUUUCGGGCUUUUUUUGCUCGAUCUGCAGUCAAUGGUUUGCCUACAACACGGGCUUCGCUCGACGUGAGUGGCGCGAGCAACAGAUCAAACUAUUUAAGUUGGGAACUCUGGCCACCAUCCUUACGGUGGCCCACUAUGAGCUCUGGAGUCUUGCGAGGGAUAUUGUUCAGCUCAUGCCCAAGGAGACAUUUGAGAUUUUCCAUCGUGACUGA